CCUGCAUACGUCAGAUUUGCCUCGAGUGUAUAAAAGGAGAUGGGGACUCCAAAAAGAAAGAAGAGCAACUACCUGUGAACUCACUGCUAGAUCUAAGGGUCUUUUAUGCACCGGGAGAGAUUACUACAACUUCUGAAGAUGUGGAAAGUUUUUGUAGUCUUGAUCCUGCACCUUUUACAAGUGUCAGCCUCAUGUCCAAAGGACUGCCGCUGUCCCUCUCACACCCCCAGAUGUGCAGCAGGAGUCAGUCUCAUGCUGGACGGCUGUGGAUGCUGUGAAGUCUGUGCACGGCAGCUCUUUGAAGACUGCAGCAGGACUCAGCCGUGUGAUCACACAAAGGGACUGGAGUGCAACUUCGGAGGAAAACACGGCUCUGCAAAGGGCAUUUGUCGAGCUAAAUCAGAUGGAAGAACAUGCGACUACAACAAUAGGAUUUACCAGAACGGUGAAAUCUUCCGUCCAAACUGCAAACACCAGUGCACUUGCAUGGACGGUGCUGUUGGAUGUGUCUCCCUCUGCUCACAUGAGCUCGUGUUGCCCAAAGAGGGCUGUGCCGAGCCCAGACGGGUUAAAGUCCCGGGACGGUGCUGCGAACAACUCAUCUGCCCUGAGGAUGCAAAGACUGAGAGCUCUGUGGGAAGGAAACACGUGAAAAAGCACAGCAAAGACAGACUGUCUGAAGAUGAGCUGACCAAACACAAUGAGUUGGCUGCUGUGUGGAGAGGAGAAUCAAAGUCUUUACCCGCUUUCAGGGGUCAUCCACUGCACCACAUGUUGGUCAGAGGAUUCAAUUGUGUGUCUCAAACCACAGCUUGGUCACCCUGCUCCAAAUCCUGUGGCACAGGACUGUCCACCCGAGUGACCAACAACAACCUCCAGUGUAAACUGGUUAAAGAGACACGGAUCUGUGAAGUACGCCCAUGCAACCAAAUCACUUUUAAGACAUUAAAGAAAGGUCAGACAUGUAACCACACUGAAAAGUCGAGACGUCCGACUAGAUUGUUCUUUGCAGGCUGCCGUAGCCUGAAAAAAUUCCGGCCGAAGUACUGUGGGUCCUGCUCAGAUUGGCGAUGCUGCAUGCCCCACCGAACCCAGACAUCGCCUGUAAGCUUCCGGUGCAAAAACGGAAAGAUCAUCAGCAGGAUGAUGAUGAUGAUCGAGUCCUGCAAGUGUGACCUCAACUGCUCUGCCAACAACAGAGGAGCAGCCAACAAAAUACUUUAAAUGAUAUUCACAAACUGCAAAUAUUAAGGAGAAAAGAAGUCCUGAAGAGUGCAGACUGAUAGAAACUGUGCACUUAGUUGGUGGCAGACGUCUGCAGGAUUGAUCUCCUGAAGUAUUUAGUUCAUAAUUUUGCUUCAUAGAAUUGGAGCUUUGUGGUUUUCUUCUUAUUGAAGCAGAUUUUUUU